AGUCGUAUCGGCAACGACAGUACCCGCCAUAUUAUUGUUCCCGCUAUCGCUGAUCCCGCUAUUAUUGUUCCCGCUAUCGCUGAUCCCGAUAUUAUUAUUCCCGCUAUUGUUGAACCCGCUUUUGUGGAACCGCUAUAACCCGCGACAGUGCAUGAUCUCAAUACCGCGCACCCCUUCCGAGUGCUUUCUCCAGGAGCACCCAGGCCAUCACCUCCAGGCCAAGAUCACUCAGAACGCACAGCUCGUGUAUAUAAAUAUCGAGUCAAAAUUUAAAAUAGAAAAGAAGGGCUUGCCGGUAAUCAAGGCGCGCUCGAGCACUCAAGUGUACAUCAGAUGUGUGAAUCCGGUUGCCGAAGACUGCAACGUAGAAAAUAGUUUUUUUAUCACUUUAACAGACAUCAGUACAGAAGAGAUUGUACUUCAAACAUGUAUCCGUGGAGUAGUGCGGUCCUGUGGUGAAAAACAAGUCACAAAAAAUCGAAAACAAACAUGUGACAAAACUGAAAAAACACAGAAAGCUACAAAAAGAGACCUUGAGGUUUUUGCUUGCGAAAUCGGCCAUCAGGAAAGAGACGAGUCGCCGUCAAAACCAGUGGAAGAAGUUGAUAAUCAAGCACAGGAAAACACCUGCAGGCCUGCAUCGUGCAAAUUAUACUUAUUGCUCUGUGCAAUUGUGCUGUUUCUCCUAGCGAUAAAUUGUUUACCGAAAAGUCGACCGUCACAAGAAAUGUCCGUACGAGAACGCUGGUUCUUUUAUGUUACGUGGCAAGUACAAGUAACAUACUUGGUGGGAUUUAUUUCGGCCUUUUACUUUAAGCACGAAAUAUUAAUGAUUAAAACUAUUUUAACUAAUUUCUUUAGUGAACCAGAAACAUAGUUAAAAAUAAUUUGUAAAAAACAUUAGAAAGCCAAGGCAUAGCCAAAAUUCAAAUCGUGUCAUGAGAAUCGUCAAAAUUUUUUUACGUAUAUAUAAAUCUACAUAUCGUAGUGCUACUUUUUGUUUCGAAAAUACUUACGAUAAAAGAACAGAAAACUGGAAAAACUAGUCAUAAAACCACGGUUAUCGUGCGCGAUCUACGCUGUCCACGUUGCACUUGCUGCGUACACAUUAGCGCACGAUGUUUUACAAAUUCAAAAACCACAAAUUGUAACACUGCAGAAAUACACCAACCACCGUUUUCCGCGUUGCUCCGCUGGAAAUAAAUUUAUAUUUAGGAAACGAAGAAACACAUUAUUAUUAUUAUUAUUAUUAUUAAACUACGGCCCCAACAGGCCGAAAACUGACAAUACAUACAUACUUUUGGUACGGUCAAGGUGGAACGAUUACGGACACGAGUUCAGUAGAAACCAUUGUAUAGCCGAAUUCAACUACAGUAGCGUC